CUUCGGAGUCUGUUCGAGGCACGAGCGCAGAAACCUUGGUGACGCAGGCCAACGAGUUCCUCAGCAACGCUGUUAUUGGUCGUUAAUUAAUUUCAUUAGUAGUAUUUUGUGUGUUUUAAAGUCGUUUUUUUGCGUAGAUUAAGGUUACCAGAUUUUGACAUGCGCUUGCUUGAAUCACCCUGGAGGCUUUGACUAAGAAGUUACCUCGGAUCUUAAUGACAAGUUCGCUGCUUUGACGUUAGCUUAGCCAGCUAGCAACAAGUACUAGGUUACACCUGUUUUUUUUUUUUGUUUUUUUUUAUCAGUUACCUGUCAGUACACACCGCUUCGAAGCCAUGACGGGUAGAGAAGAGGAAUACGACUAUCUUUUCAAAGUGGUGCUGAUCGGAGACUCCGGAGUCGGGAAGAGCAACCUGCUGUCCCGCUUCACGCGCAACGAGUUCAACCUGGAGAGCAAGAGCACCAUCGGUGUGGAGUUUGCCACGCGCAGCAUUCAUGUAGAGGGCAAGACGAUUAAAGCCCAGAUCUGGGACACCGCAGGGCAGGAGCGAUACCGUGCCAUCACCUCAGCCUACUACCGCGGCGCGGUCGGUGCUCUCCUGGUGUAUGACAUCGCGAAACACUUGACGUAUGAAAAUGCCGAGCGCUGGCUGAAGGAGCUGCAGGACCAUGCCGACAGCAACAUCGUCAUCAUGCUGGUGGGAAACAAGAGUGACCUGCGUCAUCUCCGGGCCGUGCCUACAGACGAGGCAAAAGCGUUCGCAGAGAAACACGGGCUUUCCUUCCUCGAGACUUCUGCUUUGGACUCAUCCAACGUGGAGCUCGCCUUCCAGACCAUUCUCACAGCAAUCUACCGCAUCGUAUCUCAGAGGCAAAUUUCCGGGCGCGGCGACUCCGACUUCUCCCCCAACUCUAAAGUGGUACCCAUCACGGUGCAGCCCACACAGAACUCGGCCAAGCAGAGCGCCUGCUGCCAGAACAACUAAGCAGCCAUCGUAGCACCAUGGGAUUAUGGGUAAAAAACCAAGAUAAGGCUGGCCUGGGUGUGUGUGUGU